AUGGCCAAGCAUAAUCCUGACCUAAUUAUGUGCCGGAAGCAACCCGGAAUAGCCAUUGGAAGGUUGUGUGAAAAGUGUGAUGGCAAGUGCGUAAUCUGCGAUUCUUUGGUGCGCCCUUGCACGCUUGUUCGGGUGUGCGAUGAGUGCAACUAUGGAUCAUUACAGGGCCGGUGUGUUGUGUGUGGAGGGGUUGGAAUUUCUGACGCUUACUACUGCAAAGAGUGUACUCAGCUGGAAAAAGACAGAGACGGGUGUCCCAAAAUUGUGAAUUUGGGAAGUGCCAAAACCGAUCUGUUCUAUGAACGUAAAAAGUAUGGUUUCAAGAAAAGAUGAUCACUUGACGAAUAAUUGGCAAUUUCACCGAUGAAGUUUGGCUUAGCUCCCCUCAAAUCAUGUUGUCGUUUUUAGUUUU